AUGCUCGCUUAUUUUAAAGCCAUAGGCAAAUACAUUACCGAUUGCGGUCUCACGGACGUUGCCGUUGAGAGUGGAAUUAUUGCCGGUGGUUCGGUAAAUAGUUUUCUAAUCGGAAAACAUUUCAAUAGGUGUAAAAGAAUACACCCAAUGAUGGCUCUGGGCUUGGAGUGCCUUAUGUUCGAAGCAUUUGUGAAGCACGAAGCUAUCAAUAAUUGUGAUGAAAACACUUGCCUCUUUAUUUUUAUUUUUAUAUUUAUAGAUAAUGACUGCAGCAAGAGAUGGGGAUAUGUAAGAGAUUAUUACAUAAAGAGACGAGGCAAACCUAGCACGGGUUCGUCUGGGGAAGCAGCAAAGAAAAGAUCUGAGCAGCUGUCAUUUUUAGAUAGUAUCUCUUCAGGCAAGAGAAGCACUCUCAGCAACAUAGAAAAUUCUGAAUCUCAGGAGAGUGUAAAAAAUAGCACGGCUCUUUGCAGUAAAGAGAGCAACAACAUAGAGCAACAACAGUCUGAAUUACUUACUGUAGACGACACUAGUAGCAAUAUUUUAGAUAUUCCAGAAAAUGGAGCUGAAACUGAGAAAACUCCAAAAGUUACUAAACGUAAAUGUUCAACUACAUACACACCUGCUGAUGAACGUUUGAAGAUAUUAAGACAAAUAGCUGAAAGGCAAGAUCAAAACAAAAUGGAAAAGCAGGAUGAAAAUGAUUUAUUCUUUGCAUCCAUAGCAAAAAUAACUAGCAAGCUGCCAAAAAUCGUUCAGGCUAGGCUUCGAAUGCAAAUUGGAAAUUUAGUUGGAAAUGCAGAGAUAGAACAUCUAUCACCAUUGCCAAGUGCUGACUAUGGGCGUGGACCAUUAUCAGCAGGUAGCUCAACAUCAUACAGUACAUUUGUUUCCGAUGAUUCUGUAACACCAAUAGGAGCAUCCGCUUAUUGGCGGAGCCCAGCCAAUACUAAAUGCACAUGUUUUGAUAAAUUUACAAUUUUAUAA